AUGGGCAACCAGUUGUCUCUGGUUGACCUCGGCACAGGACGCAGUGCGAAACAAAUUUCAUCCGGCUACGAACAUGUAUGUGCAGUGCUAGAUGAUGAUUCUCUUAAGUGCUGGGGCGAUGGCACAGGACGCAGUGCAAAGCAAGUUUCAGCUGGUGGUUUUCACACAUGUGCAGUGCUAGACGAUGAUUCCCUGAAGUGCUGGGGCUGGGGUUUGUACGGAAGACUUGGAUACGGAAAUGUGGAGCACAUUGGUGACGGGCCAAAUGAGAUGGGUGACAGCUUAAUCCCAAUUGAUUUUGGUACAAUCCUCACCAGCAUCAUUUCCAAGAGCGUUCGCAUUGUUGGCACCACCAGGCAAGGCCGUGUUCAGGUUCAAUAUCAGCAGACUUGGCGUGAUGUUUGCGAUGACAACUGGAACAUCCUCAAUGCACAGGUCGUUUGCCGUCAGCUUGGCCUGGCAGGUGGUAUCUCACUCAUUCACCUGAAUGGAAGUGGUGAGUUUGGCAUGGAUGAAGUAGCCUGUGAAGGAAAUGAAUGUGAUCUGGGCUAUUGCCCUUUCAGAGGCUGGGGUAUUCAUGAUUGCAGCGCUCAGGAAGCAGCUGGUGUGAAAUGUCAUGUGGACGCGUGGAGUACUAUGCCAGAUCCAAACAUUCCGGCUCGAAGAGGGCAUUCUGCAAUUUGGAACGAUGAUGAUGACUCGAUGCUGGUUUUUGCUGGACAUGCCGCAGCUUCUUUCCAUUUUUACAAUGAUCUCUGGCGCUACAAACAGGAUGGGAGGGAUGGAUUUUGGGAAGAAGUCCAAACUGUUGGGCCUUCACCCAGAGGUGGCCACACAGCCAUUUGGGACCGUGCCGGGGCAAUGCUGGUGUUUGGUGGCAGCUAUUUGACCACCAAUUUUGAUGAGCUGUGGAUCUACUCCGCGAACACCAGUUCAUGGAGCCUUGCUUCUCCUCCAAUGAAGCCAAAAGCAAGAGCUUAUCACUCAGGAGUCUGGGAUGCAGCCAGUCAGAUGAUGCUGAUUUUCGCUGGUGAGAACAAUGGUGCUCUACAGGAUUUGUGGCAGUACCAACUAGCGUCGAACAAUUGGACAGAACUAUCCGUAUUCUCAUUUUCAGAGAUGCCUUCAGCCAGGAGCCGGCACACUGCGGUUUGGAUAGACGCAGCCAAAGCCAUGUUGGUUUUUGGUGGCUGGGCAGACACUGCGCUGAAUGAUCUUUGGCACUAUGCCCUGUGGAGCAAUUCCUGGACUCAGCUUUUUACAUCAAGUUCGCCUGCCGGUCGAGCUGGCCAUUCAGCCGUUUGGGAGCCUCUCACUUGGUCAAUGCUCAUCUUCGGCGGGGUCCGAGUCAAUGAAUCGAUCAACUACACAGCGGAAGUAUGGAAUUAUAGCCUUCUGACCAGCUCUUGGAUUCCAAUGGCACCCUCUGGACCAUACCCGGCUCCAGGACCUCGAGAGGACCACACCGCAGUGUGGGAUCCAAAAUCCAACUAUGUACAUUUGUUUGGUGGCUUUGAUUCAACUUACAAAUCAGACUUCUGGAGGUACCGCAGUUUGGACUUGGAAGAGGUUCCAGUCAAGAAGUGCUUCUUGGGCCAGGAGUGCCACCUUGUGUUUGGGACUUCGGGACUUCGCUUCGGAGCAGAUGACAUGAUCCAAGUGGUGGAUUUUUUCACUUUGACGUAUUUCGUCUUUUCCACAUCAAGUGGCCCGGCCAUGUCCAAUGGACCCUUUUGGCUUGCAGAACCGGGUCUGUACCGGAUCAGCCGUUGCUCCAAGGUCAAUUCGUUGUGUGAAGGUCACUGGUUCGAAUUUGGAUUUCUCCUUGUGCUCGGCCCCUUCUCAGGCCAGUCCUUCGUUUGUGAUUUGGGAUCUCAUUGCGUGGUUGGAGGAUUGCAAGGUUUCUCGCUCUCAAGGACUGACCAGUUGCUCCCCUUGAAAGAAUGCGGCACGUCUCUCCAGACAUCCACCUUCCAAGCACGGCCUAUCAGUGCAUCCGGAACGGAUGACAUUCUGACAGAUGUGUUUGAUUUUGGCCCGCUGGAUUUGGAUGGCGCACCGGAACAAGUGCAACUCUGCUGGUGUGCAGAAGACUGCAAAGAGUUGGAGGAUUUCCGUGCUCUGGCCAUGCUUUUCUAUGUGGAUGGUAUGAGCUGCGUGGCAUGA